AUGGAGUAUGCUUUAGAUAAAGCUUUGAAGGAGAUGUCGCUCGAGGACGACCAGCCGAUUGUGCUUCAGGACCAUGCGAAGUUCGUCUCGAGUGUAAGGAAUACUUGUAGUAUUAUUGGCAAGCUACUGUGUCCGGAGAAUCAAAAGAUGUCAAGUUUGAUCCACGAGAUGCCAAGGGUUUGGAGGGUCUAUAACAGAGUCCGUGGGAUCGCUUUGCCCAAUGACAAGUUCCAAUUCAUCUUUGAUUCUGAGGCAGAUCUUUCUCUGGUGCUGCAGUCUGGAGCUUGGACUUUUAAUGACUGGAGUCUGACGCUUGAGAGAUGGGUAGAGAAUCCGCCGAGUGAUUUUCUCAAGGUGUUACCAAUAUGGGUGCGUAUUCGGCACAUACCGGUGAAUUAUCUUACUGUGGACACGAUAAAGGAAAUUGCAGGACACAUUGGUCGUGUCACGGAUAUUGCUUUUGAUCCAUUGAAGCCUCUAAGUAGGGGAUAUGUGAGAGUUAGGGUUUUGUUUGAUAUUAACAAGCCUCUGAAGAAUAGGAAAGAAAUGAAGAUUCCAUCAGGUGAGGUUGUGGAGAUAGGAUUUGAGUAUGAAAGAAUCCGGAAGAGAUGUUAUCAUUGUUUACGGUUGACGCAUGACAAGCUUCGAUGCCCUUUGUUACCUUCAAACCGGCAAUCUUCUGCUACGGGGGAGGAGAAAGGUCAGUUGUUGGUUCCACAGCGGUUGGUUCCGAGGAUUAGUAAUGAUGAUCCCUUGUUUGGGGUACUGACUGAUGAUGAUGUGGGCAUUGAUGUGUUGACUGGUAAACCAAAGAUUGCUAAGGAGGUUUUGGACGAGAUGCGUCAGUACUUGUCUGUAGCUGAGCCUAAGGAGAAGCAGAUUCGUAUUGAAAGAGUCCGUAAGUCUGUUUGGGAUCUUGAAGGUGACAUUGAAGGUCAAAAGACUUUGCUACGGUUGGAAGCUCCUACACGACUUACUGCGGAUGCGGACAAAGAUAAAGGGCUGGUCUUUGACUUUGAACACUCAGCUUCUUCAAUUGGUGACGGUGACCGAACUAUGAGUCCUGCUCAUAAUUCUGUUCAAUCACAGCCGAUUGUUUCCUCCUCUGCUUUUCUGUCUGGUCAUGGUGCUAGGGGUCAUCGAGCUAGCUUCUCUGCUGGCUCUUCCGGCACUACCAAAUACCAGAAGAAACGUAGACGCCCUAGUCAAUGGAGGAGGAAAGCUCAGGCCACGUUAAAGGAUCAGGGGACUGGAAGAAGUAAUCAACCUGUUAACGAUGAGAAUGAUGUAGUAGUGAUGUCAAAGAGGAAAGCUUGUGAUGAGGUUCCAGUAUCAGCUAAGGUUGCUAAACACGAUGCAAGAUUGGGGGGCACCUUGACAAUUCCUUACUUGAGGGAGAUGCGUCGUCUACAUUUCCCGGACUUUUUGUUCCUCCUGGAAACUAAAAAUUCCAGAGACUAUGUGGUGAAGUUACAAAGGAGUUUGGGGUACGAGUACUCGCAUAUAGUGGAUCCAGUGGGGCUCAGUGGAGGAUUGGCUCUAUUCUGGAAGCCAUCUUAUGAAGUUGAAGUUAUUAGUGCGGAUCACCGAAUCAUAGACGUGAAGGCCAAGCUUGGAUCACUUUCGUUUUAUGUUUCUUGUGUCUAUGGGGAUCCGGUAAGUAGUUUGAGACAAGGUGUAUGGGAUUCACUUGUUGACAUUGGGGUGUCUCGAGAUGCACCAUGGCUGGUCAUAGGUGACUUGAAUGAAAUGGUCAGUAAUACUGAGAAGCUUGGAGGUCCAGCACGGGCGGAAUCAUCAUUUUUCCCUUUUAGAAAUAUGAUUCUUGAUUGUCGCCUACGGGAGGUCUCCAGUAUUGGUAAUAGACUGUCGUGGGCCGGUAAACGCAAUAAUAUGUGGAUCCAGUGCUGUUUGGAUAGAGCCCUUGGGAAUGAAGCAUGGUUUCAGCUGUUUCCACGGGUGCAGGGUGAAUAUAUGGAAAGGAUUGGCUCGGAUCACAGGGCAUUACUGCUACGCUUGGCUAAUGAUAAUGUUUCUAGAUCAGGAAGGUUCAUUUUUAACAAAAGAUGGAUCUCUAAACCGGAUUUCGCUGCGGUGGUUCAAUCAGGUUGGAACAAAGGCGUGACUACGGGACAAACAUCUGUGAUGAGUCGGAUUGCGGAGUGUAGAAGAACUAUUUCUGGAUGGAAAAGAUCACAAAAUCUGAAUUCCAAAGUGCGGAUACAGCAGGUUAGAGAGCAACUGGAUGCAGAGGGUACCAAAAUACAUCCUAACUUUCAGCUUAUGCGGGAUCUGCGCUGGGAACUGGCUGAGAAUUAUCGAGCAGAAGAGCUUUAUUGGAAGGAAAGGAGUCGAGAACAAUGGUUGCAGGGGGGUGACCGCAACACGAAGUUUUUUCACGGUAGUGUUCAACGGCGUAGGAUUCAGAAUAAGAUUUUAUCUCUUUUUGAUGAAAAUGGUGUAGAGCAGUUCUCUGAGGGGUCUAAAGGAGAGGUGGCCGUGGCAUAUUUCCGCAAGAUGUUUACUAGCUCAAAUCCUAGUGCCAUAAUGGAAGCUCUAGAUGGGAUGGUGCCUCGUGUCACUGAUAGUAUGAAUGCAGAACUAAUUCGCCCGGUUUCUGCAUUGGAAAUAAAGAAUGCAGUUUUUAGCAUCAAAGGGGAGAAGACGCCAGGGGCGGAUGGUAUGUCGAGUCAAUUCUUUAAGGAAUAUUGGGAUGUUGUUGGACCUCAGGUGGUGCAGGAGGUGCAACAGUUUUUUGCAUCUGGUCAUCUUCCAUCUGAUUGGAAUUUUACGCAGAUAUGUCUAAUCCCGAAGGUGCAGAAUCCUACUCGCAUGACCAACCUAAGGCCUAUCAGUCUGUGUUCUGUAUUAUACAAAACAGUGUCUAAAGUUUUAUGUCAGCGUUUGAAGCGGUUCCUGCCUAAAAUAGUAUCAGACACUCAAGGUGCCUUUGUGUCGGGUCGCCUCAUAACUGAUAACAUACUUUUAGCACACGAAUUGGUCCAUGCGCUUCAGACGAAAGCAGGUUGUAAUGAGGAAUUUCUAGCCAUUAAGACAGAUAUGUCUAAAGCCUACGACAGAGUAGAGUGGAAUUUUCUUGAAGAACUGCUUAUUAGGCUUGGUUUUGAUAUUAAAUGGGUUAACUGGAUUAUGAGCUGUGUGCGUUCAGUUACCUUCUCGGUUCUCAUUAACGGGAAGGAACAUGGCUUCAUUAAACCAGAGAGGGGGAUUAGACAAGGGGAUCCUUUGUCCCCCUUUCUCUUUAUUCUCUGUGCGGAGGCACUAGUCCAUGUGAUGAACAAGGCAGAGCAAGAGGGUAGACUCACGGGGCUGAAACUUACACCGGAGUGUCCUUCGAUCCAGCACCUCCUUUUUGCUGAUGACAGCCUAUUUCUGUGUCGUGCUAGUCUUUUGGAAUGCUCAAACCUGUUACAGUGUUUAAGGUUGUAUGGAGAUGCGUCUGGUCAAGAGAUAAAUCUCCAAAAAUCAUCGAUAACCUUUGGAAAGAAGUUAGAUCCGUACAUGAGGAGGGUUAUCGGUUUGUUUACGGGUAUUGAACAAGAGGGAGGGGCUGGUAAGUACUUAGGCCUCCCUGAAUGCUUUAGUGGCUCCAAGAAGGACAUGUUAGCGUAUAUAACAGAUAGAUUAACAUCUCGAUUACGCGGUUGGUUCGAGAAAACAUUGUCCUUGGGGGGAAAAGAAGUUUUGCUUAAAGCAGUGGCGCUUGCUCUUCCGGUGUAUGCGAUGUCCUGCUUUAGGCUAUCGAAACACCAAUGUAAGAAGAUAACGAGUGCGAUGGCUAACUUUUGGUGGAAUGCAGUGGAGGAGAAGCAGAAGAUGCAUUGGGUUUCUUGGGAGAAAAUGUGUAAGUCAAAGGAUCAGGGUGGCUUAGGAUUCAGGGAUAUAGGCCGUUUUAAUCAAGCUCUUCUUGCGAAGCAAGCUUGGUGCCUCCUGGAUGGACCAUCUUCGUUACUGGCACGGGUGUAUAAAGCGAGAUAUUUUCCCUCGACAUCGUUUAUGGAGGCUAAUCUUGGUCCGCGACCGUCUUAUGCUUGGAGAAGUAUAUUAUUUGGGAGAGAGUUGUUGGAAAAGGGCCUCAUGAAGUCCAUAGGUGAUGGUUUGGAUACCAACGUUUGGCUGGAUAAGUGGGUUUUUGAUGAGCUUCCACGGAGACCAUGUAAUAAGGAGCAGAUGAUAAAUUUGAAUCUCCGAGUGUCUGAACUUAUCACUAAUCAAGGGGACUGGAAUCUGCAGGCUCUUCAGGAACUUUUUCCCCCCUGUGAUGUUAUCAAAAUAAGAUCAUUUCCCCCGGAUACGCGGCUUCAAGAUAGGUUGGUAUGGGCGUAUACGAAUAAUGGACACUACUCAGUAAAGAGUGGUUAUUGGUUGAGCUCUAAAGCUAUGGAGGUCCCGGGUGGCGAAUCAGAGGGCUCACGAGUGUUGAAUGAACUAAAACAAAAGGUUUGGACAGUUGAGACAGCUCCAAAAAUAAGAAUGUUUCUAUGGAGAGUCCUCUCAGGUGCUAUAGCAGUUGCGGACUGCAUGAGGAAUCAUGGUCUACAAGUUAAUCCGAUAUGUCAGGUGUGCAGAUCUGCCGACGAAACUGUGUCACAUGCUCUGUUCCUUUGUCCUGUGGCGUCAAAGGUUUGGUCAGCUACUGCGCUACCUUUGCCUGUCCAAGGUUUCUCUACUUCGGUCUCGGAGAACAUUGGUUAUUGUUUGAGGCUUAUUACUAAUACUGAUCUACCAUCGUCCCUACGCCUUGCUAUACUUUGGAUUUUAUGGGAGAUAUGGAAGGCUCGUAAUGGGAUGGUUUUCAAUAACAAGUUGCAAGACCAUCAUGUGUUAAUUGCAGGUGCGGUGGCGGAUGCUGAAGAAUGGUUAAAACUGAAUGAGUUGCAGAAGCAAGAGCAAAGGUCAGUUGUGGGUAUUAUGCGAGGGGGUAUGUCACAGAAGAGGUGGACUAAACCAGCGUUUGGAAUACUGAAAUGUAAUAUUAACGCAUCUUGGGCUAGUAGUCAGCACUAUGCGGGGGGAGCUUGGAUUCUUAGGAAUCAUGUAGGUGAUGUUCUGUUCCAUUCCCGGCAUGCGUUUCUACCGACAGUGAAUAGAAUUGCUGCAGAACUACAAUGUUUGCUUUGGUGUUUGGAGAGUUUACAGAUCUUACAAAUCCUCUCGUUUGAAGUCUGGACAGAUUGUGAUGCAGUAAUUCAGGCGCUUGAAAAACCGCAGGCUUGGCCUAAGUAUCGUUCACUGCUUCAUAAGAUAAGCCAAGUUAUGGUGCAUUUGCAGAAUGUAUCAAUACACCUUGCGUCACCUAAGUCGAAUGGAGUGGUGCGAUCGCUUGCUAAUAGUGUUACACGAGACGGCAGGUUGAACUCGUAUUUGGCUAUGGGAGGUCCUGCUUGGUUACAUGAGCAGAUUGCACGUGACAGCUAUACUUAA